AUGACAGAAGUGAAAGGAACUCCCAUCAUUAAAGGUUCACGAACAAUGCAAAUAACUGGUUUAUAUAAAGGACGGGCAAUUAUUAUAAAAGACUCUUACAGUGUUAUAAAUAAGAAGCUUAAACUAUUUCCUGCUAUGUUUAACUUACAAACAGGACCGAAAGAAGUAUUUCCAUAUAACUACUACAGCAGUGUUUUGUUAGCAAAUGACAACAGAACUGGUGUCAUUUCUGAAGCAUGUAAGUUUAUCCAUGAUGCAGAUACAUUUAUGAAGAACAUAGAUUCCAUCAAAGGUUGCAGAAUAGAUGAAAACCACUUCGACUUAGAAAAAUAUAGCACGUUUUACUGCAAACAAGAUGUAAGAAUUUUAAGAGAAGGUUUUGUAAAGUUCCGCAAUGACUUAUUGAAAGAGUUUGAUUUAAACGUUUAUGACUACGUUAGUAUUUGUUCUAUUGCUAACAAAUUGUUUGAGAACAGAGUAUACUUCCCGAAUGGAAAUCUUUAUGACCUCUCAAAUAAACCAAGAGAAUUUAUUUCGAGAUGCAUUCAAGGUGGAAGAUGUAUGUUGUCAGAUAACAUGAAACAAAAGAGCAAAAAGAAACUCAUUGCUGACUUCGACACUGUUUCAUUAUAUCCUUCAGCUAUAGCAAGACUUUAUACUUUAGAAGGUAUUCCAAAAGUAUUGAAGGAUGAGAUGUUAAGCACAGAGUAUCUCAUGAGACAUUUAUUCGAUGAUGACCAAAAGGAACCCAUUGGUGAAAAGUUUAUGUCUGGCUUCUUUGUUCUCAUUAAGAUAACAGAGAUUGGUAUACCCAGACACUUUCAUUUAAUAGUUUGCGACCCUGAACUAAAUCCAGAACUUAACGUUCCAAGAAGUUCAAACACUUGCUGUCUCAUGUAUGUUGACCAUAUAACAUUACAAGACCUCAUAAAAUAUCAAGGUGUCAAAUGUGAAGU